AUGACGCCAUCAAGGCGGUUCGGCCGAUAUCCAGGCGUUCCGGCCGGUGAAAACCUGGUGAGGGGAUGGUAUGCGCCAGUUGAGAACACGGCGAGAACGGUAGUGCAUUCUGCGAGUCAAUACAACUUACGUCUGGUUUAUCAUUUGUGGAAGGCACUUACUCAAAAACCAUGGACCUGUACGAUGGAAGACCGACUUAUAAAAAGGAUGAUGCCGAAAGAUACAUGUAUUAUAUCGCUAGAGAUAGGAUACGCUGGAAUGUUGGUGCAAAUAUUGGGGACACCAGUGUUUUCGCAUUAGUUUCUAGUAUUGCUAUGAGCCCUAUAGAUGUCGUCCCAGUGUGGAGGAUAGCCUCGGGAGGGGUUUUAGUGGAUGACCCAACGAUGAAAGCUACAUGUUUAGACCCAACAACUUCGGCAGCCCCAACGACAACAACGACAGCCCAAACGACAACAGCUGACAUUGAUGAAUGCGCACAAGGAACGAAUAAUUGCCAUCCA